UAAUUGUUUUCUCAUUUUCUCACAGCCCAAUGCGAUGUCUGAUUUCUCCAUCCCUGUCUUCUCUCUCUCACACACACACACUCACAGUAGGCACACUCCAUCGCCUCCACCUAUACAACAAUAACAUUGUAACAGAAAUUCCCAAGCACACGCACCAAAACACACACACAAACAUCUGAUCUGAUCACACACACUCUUAAUAUUAAUUAAUUAAUCAAUCCUGCAAUUACAGAAUUUACACGAAUCCAUCAACCACCAGAAAAAAUUCAACAAUGUCGAACGUGAAAUGAAAAAUCCAAUUACACACCCUCAAUCCAAAUCCGAGAGCCUCUCUCUCUCACACACACGCACAAUAUAAACAAUGUCAUCUAAGAAAGACGCUGUGUUCAUCAGCAGCCUCGUAAUCCUGUGGUACUCGACCAACAUCGGCGUCCUCCUCCUCAACAAAUACCUCCUCUCCAACUAUGGUUUCUCCUUCCCCAUCUUCCUCACAAUGUGCCACAUGUCCGCCUGCGCCAUCCUCAGCUACAUCUCCAUCAUCUUCCUCAAGCUCGUCCCCGUCCAGCGCGUCAAAUCCCGUUCCCAAUUCCUCCGAAUCGCCACCCUCAGCGUCGUCUUCUGCGCCUCCGUCGUCGGCGGCAACAUCUCCCUCAGGUACCUGCCGGUCUCCUUCAAUCAGGCCGUCGGCGCUACCACGCCGUUCUUCACCGCGCUAUUUGCGUAUCUCAUGACGCGGAACCGGGAGGCCUGGGCUACGUAUACCUGCCUCGUGCCUGUGGUAGCUGGCGUCGUCAUUGCUAGUGGGGGUGAGCCCAGCUUCCAUCUAUAUGGAUUUAUCAUGUGUAUAAGUGCAACUGCAGCGAGAGCCUUCAAGUCAGUGCUUCAGGGGGUUCUUCUUUCCAGUGAAGGGGAAAAGCUGAACUCCAUGAAUUUGAUGCUGUAUAUGGCUCCAAUUGCUGUUGUAGUUUUGCUCCCUGCUGCGCUUGUAAUGGAACCUGACGUAUUUAACUUAGUCGUCGCACUUGGAAAGGAACAUAAAUUCAUGUGGAUUCUUCUUUUUGUCAAUUCAACAAUGGCUUAUGGAGCGAACUUGUGCAAUUUCCUGGUGACUAAGCAUACAAGUGCUCUAACACUCCAGGUUUUAGGCAAUGCUAAAGGUGCUGUGGCCGUUGUCAUCUCAAUCCUCAUCUUCCGAAAUCCAGUCACCUUCAUUGGUAUUGCUGGUUACACCAUGACAGUCAUGGGGGUCGUCGCCUAUGGAGAGUCAAAGAGGAGACACAAAUGAGCACUCGCCGUGCUAUUCUUUGUGCCCGAGUGCACGUAAUCCUAUCUUACGUUCAGUAGGAAUAUAGAGGCUAUUGUUGUAUUUGCAACUACAAGAGACUUAGAGAGCAGUGCUUGCACAUUGUUGUGCAAAAUCAGCUUUAGAUAGUUUAGAUAUAGAGUUGAUUUUUUUGCAGUGCCACUUUGCAUUAUGUUUUGCCAAGAAUCAGACUAGUAGACGAGUUUAGAAAUGUAAGCUUAUUUUUAGUCGCAAAA